AUGCAUGGCCUGGGAAAUGGGGGUUUGCCAUGGAAGCUCCCGGCUUGGGGCCGCCCCUCGCCUCGGUGGCGUUGCAAGCGCUCCGAUGCCGUCGACGGCGGAGGCGGCGGAGGGAAGAGUCCCGCGCCAUUCCCGUUCAAGCAGGCAGCCACCGCGGCUUCCCUUGUGCUCGCCGGCGACACCAUCGCUCAGGUGAGCAGCCGGGUGAAGGCCCUCCGCGCUGCAUCCGAUGGAUCGGACGUCCCCAGCUCCAAGGUUGUCCCUGAAACCCUGAUUCCGCUCUCUGUAUUUCUCAUUUUGCUUACUGAGCGUGUAUUUCCUUCCUCUCAUUGUAGAUUGUCUCGUCCGCUGUCUGGUCGAAUCACGACUGGCUCCGUGCGCUCCGCAUGGCCUCCUAUGGGUUCUUGCUCUACGGGCCCGGCUCGUACGCCUGGUACCAGCUCUUGGAUCGAUCUUUGCCCGGGCAGACUUUCGUGAACUUGUCGGCGAAGGUGCCCUUUCUUUCGAAAUCCUUGCACUCAUUUUCCUCUCAUCACGUGCUUCAGCUGACAUGAAUCUACAUUCGCCUGGUCGCAGGUUGUAUUGAACCAGAUUGUCCUUGGUCCAUGUGUGAUUGCUGUGGUCUUUGCUUGGAAUAAUCUGUGGCAGGGGCAGCUGUCUCAGCUCCCAAAGAAGUAUCAGAAGGAUGCCCUUCCCACACUCUUCUAUGGUGAGUUGACCCACCUGUCGUCCUUAUGGUGUUGUGUUGUUAAUCUAGUAAUCUCAGCUCUUGUGUUCUUAAACUUGAAGACUCUCGCUGCAGGUUUCAGGUUUUGGAUUCCUGUGAGCGUCCUCAAUUUUUCGUACGUCUUCUCCCGUACUUUGUCAUUCCAUUAUUUUUCCCCAUCUUUGUUGGAGGCUACCAUUCCAUUGUUUGCCGAUUCUUUGCUCUAUAUUACAAUAAGCUUCAACAACUUAGCAGUUAUUUUUGUGCAAAAAAAAAACGUGAUAAAAUCUCGAAGUGACAAUUAUCUUAUUGUAUGUGGUCGCGUGUAGAUAUCUGGUUGCAGGGCAACAUUUGGAAAGUUAGACUCUGGUUCCUUUCUCCUGAUUUAUUUCUUGAAAAUAGGAAGAAAUUCUGGGAAAAAAAGUUGCCCAAAAUUCCUAAUUGGCCUCAAAUGCAAUUUUUGAGAUCCACAAUUCGCUGGGUUUUUCUGUUCUUCGGAAAUGUUCAGCAGAUGUGUUUAUCUGAGAAAAUAAAAAUAAAAAUAGGUAAAACCGUUGUGGGCAGCCUGAUAAAAUUUUCUAGUUGUUUAAAUCAGUAGAAUGAUAUUGAUUAGACUACAUAGGCCUUAUGCGACUCGCAAUAAUUUUUCAUUUCUAGUUUAUUCAUACGAUCUAAAUGCGGACCUUCUCCAUAUGGCGUAGCCUUUUCUUGUUCCAAGACCACACAUCCUGGUUGAGAACUCUCCUGAACAGCAGGUCAGUGAUUCGGUCAAAACGACUGCUGGCACAAAUGAGAUUCGUGGGUGUAAUUACUAACUUGUUUAAAGUCGAUGGAAUGUCAACGCUUGAAAUACUUGGACCCGUGGGAGUAGAUUCUAGCACUGGGUUGCCAUUGGUUCAACCAAAAUUUACUCGCUACAGAUGUCGUUGGAUCUGCUCGUCUGCCUUGCGCAGUAGCUUCUGUUGCUUCUUAGAGCAUCCUUAUAUGGUAUCCCUGACCGCAGUCCACCGGUCACAGUUGAGUCGGAUCAUGAAGACGAGGAGCGAUACAAAUUCUAUAACACAAGUUUCACUGGCUCACCUCAUUUAUGCACAAUAGUUUCAUGUCUUCUAUCCAAAAUUCUGUCAUUUAUCGUUCAAUCAUGUAAAUUUUGGCUGAGUAUUUUCUCCCACUGUUCUAUGAUUUCUACAGUUCAACAUAUCUCUUCAGUUCUCCUGUUCUUAUCUGCUUUAACAAGAGAUAACAAGUGGAGAGGCCUGCUCCGCGACCAUGACAAGAUGUUGCUUAUUCAGAGGAUAAGUGUGUUUGACAAGCUUAUCUUAUAUAAUAAACAGGUUGACGAAAUCAAUCUUGUCACGUGAUUAAAUUAAUUAAUCAGUUUGCCUAGCCCAAGCUCAGGCAUCUUUCACGAGUUCUGGACUAAGAGGAAUCCCAUAAGAUGGAUUUCGGGCCGGGCCAGGAACUUAAGAAAACUAGGCCCAAGUUAGAGGGACCCGGUGUUGCUAAUUACCCAUCCCUUCAGCUGGGCGUUGCCUCGUAUGAAAAACAUCAGCGACUGUUUUGGGAUAAUAUCUUAUCAAGAGGUUUCACGAAAAUCUUGGAUUGUUAUCUGGCUUUUGAUUAGUCUUAAGCUCAUAACGAUAUUUCUGAUUGGUCAGAACCCUCCCUCUGGAUCCAGGAAAUCAAGAUGAUAUCCUAAUUUAACUCAGGAGGUAUCCACAUACCGCAGCAUAAACUGGCAACCAAGUGGAAAAUUUCGGCAUAGGGCGUUGACAUUUCAUUGUUUUCAUUGUCACAGAGGCAUGGAGGGCCUUAUGGGUCAUGAACCAGAAUGUUGUUUACAAAUAGAACGAUGCUCCUGCUAGGAGUGAUCUAAUAUUUCUAAUGUCUUAUGACUAACAUCGUCCUAAUUAGAAAUAUUUGUGUUCGUGGGGAUAUUUCUGAUGGUAUUCUGGAUAAAUCUUAUCUCAGUAGUUUCUCAGCCGGUAGAGUAUCUACUAUAUACAAGGCUAGAUCUGACUACAUCCAAUUAUAGUUAUUAUCUUUAAUAAUGUGCACAAAAACAUCACCUUGCUGCCACAACCAUCCUGGCUUAAUGUUUAUGGCCACGGCUAUUAAUGAUCGUUGUGGAUUAUGAUGCUGUGAUUGUGGUUUGGCUCCAAAAAGCCUACGAUUUUAAUCAUAUGGCUGUAUUGUUUCCUAGUUUGUAGGAGUAACUGUCAGGUGCAUCUCACUAUUUUCAUUUAAAUGAUCGUUUUUUUUCCAAUAUUUUCUGCUUCUCCAUGAAAUGGGUGUGUUCUUGGCCCAUGGGGCGUGGGCGUGGAGUACUUGCUCAGGAGCUAUAUUUUUUGCACCAAUUUUCUUUAAACGUAUAGUCAAUCUGGCAGGAGCUGUAGUUUGUCGAGUCAUGAAGGUCAACAUUCGCAGGAUUUGAAUUUCACUUUUAUAGGCGACUUUCUAAGAGUGGUUUUAGUAUCAUAUUCACUACUAAUGAAUAAGUUGAUAAAUGAAUAGACAGUGUAAUGUUAUGAGAAUGGAGUCCGAGUCUAUUGCAUUAGCAGGGAGGCAUCCUGGCUAGAGAGAAAGAUAAUGUGGAUCUAAUGGGCCCAUACUCUGAACGAGUCUCCGACACAUUAACAUGAGACAGUGGGAUUUGUAUUGGUAGUCUAGCACCUCAACGUCCAGAAUAUUUGUGCUCGGUGGAUUCUUGGCCGACCAUUUGCCAGUAUGCGACACAAUUUCAGAAGAAAAUCUCCCAUACCUUGAGUUGACAUUGUGUUUGACCAAGGUGCCAUCAUGAUUCUGAAUCAGCACCAUAGUCAACCAUGAAAACCUCAUCAUCCCGCUCUUAGCAUGAUCAUGGGGGCAUGCUUACAAUUUAUCCUCAAUUGCGUCUUUGAAUUUACUUUCCACAGCCGCAAUCUCUUGGCAUCAUCCAUGCUCAGAUUUUAAAUCUCUUUUUUCUUUCAUUAAUUCUUCAUAUUUUAAUAUUAUAUAUAUUUUUCCUUUUAAUUUCUUAGGUGGGUACCUACAAAUCUUCUUAAUCAUGCCAAUAUUUUGAGCUCUGUCAUGCUUCUUAUCAUGUUUUCGCAUGUUAUACAACAGUUAAUUGGUAUUCACGUUGUUUUAUGGAGAAUUCCCUGUAAAAUUUUUGCUCAUUGGGCCUCUGCCGGGCUUUUCGCUGGGCCCGGUGUGAUCUGGGUCUGAUGCUUUUCCGUUGAUUACCCUCUGUUCUUCUGUGACUAAAUCAUCUCAAAGUCAGACAUUAUUGUUCCUGCUAUGAAGAUUUUUGAUAUUCUUGGCAAGUAUGCUUAUAUGCUAAGCUGUGAAAUUUCAGGGUGAUCCCUCUUCAGACUCGAGUGGCAUUUAUGUCCACUUGCUCUAUAUUCUGGAACUUUUACCUCUCAUCGACGCUGAGCAAAUGA